AUGCGGAACUCCGACGACACCAAUCGCAAGAAGAAGCUGAUCCCCGAACUCGGUUUCUGCGAAGAGACCGAGAAUUUCAUCGCGAGGGAGAAGAUGAGGCUUGUGGCGAACAUGUACCAGCCACAAGUAACGUUCCCUUCCAUUGCUGUGGUGGGUGUCAAGGCCCGCGAGUUGGAGAAGAUGCGCGCCAAGCUGGAGGCCAAUGUUUUCUAG